AUGUAUUUCGACCAGUUCCGUGAAAACAAUAAACAUUCAAAACAGGCUCUAUUGAACGACGCUUUAUAUCUUUGUGAAAUAUAUCAGAAACGAUAUUUUGUUGGAAUAACCAAUAUUGUUUCUCAAGGAACAUUGAUCAAAUUUUGUGACAUUUUAAAUUUCAAAUAUAAACAAUAUAAAGAAAUGUUGGAUCAACACAAUACAAUCUCAACAAAAAAAGACCUAAGAAUACAAAAACCAAAAGACGACUUUGACAAUGAUAAGGAAAAUUUUUUUGUGUCUGCUAAACAGUCUCCAGAGAAAAAAAUGAUAUACAAUGAAACCAAAGAAAAUCGCAUAAAUAAAGAACCAUUAACACAAAAGAAUAUGAACCCUAUAUUUAUUACACAAACACCAGAAAAGCAAUUGGAUUUUCUUCUUCAAAAUAUUAAAUCACUAAAGAUGGAUAAUAUCUCAAAAUUUGACAUUCAAAAGGAUAAAUUUCAACAAAUUAUUUCUGAUUUUCAGAUACUAGAAAAAAAAAUAUUUAAUAUUAAGGAGAACUAUACUAAACGGAUUGAGUUACAAAUAUCAAUUUUUAAUAAACACAUCAAAAAUUAUGAAACGAAAUGUAAUGAGAUUUUGCAUCAAAAAAAUAAACAACUUGAAAGUGCUAAUAAAGCACUUCAAGAAAAGGAGAUACAGCUACAAAAACUCAAUGAAAGAAUAUUUAAUCUUCAAAAGAAGGAGGAUAAACUCAAGCAGAUAGAUUUGUUUACAAUUCCAAUUGGUAAAAUAUUGUUAGAAUAUAUGAAGGAUACAAGAAAUGAUAUAUCAUUUGAGGUAUAUUUCAAAAAAAAUUUCCCUAAUAUAACGUCGUUUUCUAAUAUUAGUCAGAAAGAAAGUUUUCAAAGUUUACAAAGAGAGGUUGUUGAAAAGAUUGAAUCACUUAAAAAUUUUCAUGAUAUGGAUACAGAAUUACGACAUUUUAUAACUUCAAUAACGAAGGUAAUCGAACAACAAGGAAAUAGUCUAACAAAUGGAAUAAAAAUAUUAUAUGAACAAGUACAAAACUUGGAUAAUAAACAAAAUUGUAUAGCAGAAGACAAAAAUAUAGUUGAAUCAUUAAGCCUCUUAACAAAUGAUUAUUCUAGACAAAUUAAUUUAAACAAUGAAUUAAAGAAUAAUUUAACAACUGUACAAAAUAUUUUAAAGGACACACAAUCCCAAUUGAAAAUUGAAUUAGCGAAGAAUAAUGAAUUAAAUGAAAAUGUGCAACUACAAAAUGUGACUCUGAAUAAUUUGAGUGAUCAAUAUAAUAAGUUACAAGGUGAUUUAGCCCAAAAAUUGAGAUGGAAACAAUUAAAGGGGAUUAACAGAGAUUCAAAUAAGUCAAAAAAAGAUUUAGAAAGAAUUGAAAUGAUGUCUCAUGUUGAAUUACAAAACAUAGUAAAACAAUUGGUAAUAUUCUUAGAUAUACCAAUAGACAAAAUUAGAACACAAUUAAUAAAAAUUAGUAUAUCCUUAAAAUACGAAAGAAACUUAUCCAUAUAUUUUAUCGGGAAUAUCAAUUAUCAAUUGACUGGUCAAAAAAUUAAUUUCAACAAAUAUCAAAAAGAAGCGUUUCAACAGUUCCAAAAAGACACCUCAUUAAAUAACAUAGUUCAUCCAUUGCAGACAAAAUUGGAUACUUUAUUAGAUGAAGUGCUACUGAAAUUAUGA